UUAACAUCUGGGGUGAUCAAAUGGUUAACUGUGUGCUGUUUUACAUUAUGUGCUGUGUGUGUUUUACUAGGGAAACAUGCUGCUAGAAAUACACAGCAGCAUGUUAUUCCUGGAAAGAGAGAGACCUAUGUUGUUUACACACAGGUCUCUCCCCUGUCAGUGUUACUCGGCAAUUGCUGGGUGCCAGCGGGGAAUCUCCUUCCGGGACUCAGUGAGUGACAUCUGUAGCUGCCAAUGAUGGUGUGGGUAGGGCAGGGUGCGGGUACGCCCCCCUACCCGGAAAUACAAAAUGACAUAUACAUAUAGGUGAUUUUGCGCAGACCUGCCGCCCUGUAGCAGUAUCUCUGCUAUAG